CUUUACCAUUUUAUGAAUAAUGUUUUAAAUCGUUGUUGUACGUUAUGAGUCUUAAUACUGGACUUGGGCCAAUAGGAAACCAUAGCGUUGUAGUCAACUAAAGAUCUGGCCAUUGAAGAAUGCUUUAACCACGAUUUAAAUUGAAUACACCCCCACACAAGGAUUACCAUGCCGCGUUCUUGGAAUUUGCGGCGUCUGCUUCGACUGGAUUCGAAAUCCAAUACCGGUACAGCCGACGAGAAGACAUCGAGUAAGAGCGCUGCGAACAAAAGCAGUUCUGGCGGAAAACAGAAAAGAAAGGCACCGCCCAAGCCGACGGAGUUACCACCCAAACCGAACUCAAAAAACUCGCCGCAAAAGUACAGAAGCGUUGCUAGCACCAGCAGCAGCAGUUGGUCGAGCAGCAGCGCGACCGGUUACAGUCCCAGCAGCGUCAGUACCUUGUCGCUACCGGAUUCGAAUCUUUCCUCACCCGCUUCUAAAGGCCUACAAGUGAGUUCUGUAUCUCUGAGGUCGGGUGUACAGCAGGACGACCUAACCCGAGACAAGACCCCUGCUCAAACUGACUCGAGUGCUCUCAGUAACCACACGAAAGUCCUCAACGCCGAGCACGAGGAUUCGGUAAUCAGGGAGUCUCAAACCCCUCAAACAUCAAGUCUGGCGCUCGAUCAUUUAACCAAUGGUUCAAUUUCAAACGUUUCCGACCAAGUUUUCGCGAAACGAACACGACUUGAAACGGAAAACCCUAAUUUUGACACCGAGGAGCCGAAAUCUGGACGUACGAGCGUCUCUAACCUAAGUGGAUACGUUGAGAGUGCUAUACUUUCACCAGCCACCACCAACCUACUGUCCUCCAGCCCUGGGAAGUUAGACCCGCUUCAAGUUCCCCGCUUACAGUCCUUUGAAUCGUCGUCUACUCUUGACAAGGAAAGUGUUUCUUCCCCAAGCGCUACAGAUUCCGUCUCUGCGGUCCGCUUAGACUACGUGAGCCUCGAUUACGUGCGCUCUGCGGCUGCGGAACGGCGCAACCGUCGAAAAGAAGACGAUGAGAGUACGGUGAGAAGCACAAGCAGUCUAAGCAGCAGCUUUAUAUCUUCUAUAGACAGUGAGGACGGCAGCACUAUAGGCAGUGACGUGGUGGAAAACCUCUAUAAUAAAAUAACCGAAGCAACAGCUCGCCAUUCUGCGAAAAAUCCCUCAUUCCGUACCGUUUCAGAGAGCGGCACAGGUGACAUUGAAAGAGACUUGUUUCCUCUAAUUUUUCCAGGCCGCUUACGGGAAAACAAAAGCGAGGAUAAAUUACACCCAAAAGCAACACACGUUGAUUUAAUACGUCCUCCUAGCAAACCAGACUCAUUGCAGCAGCUAAACGACAAUAACAGCAACAACACAUUAUCGUGUGAUACCCGUAAGGAGGACACCAGCUCUAACGACGUAUCCCAUACCAGCAACAAGGAGCUACCCAAUAAUAACCCUGGAUUUACGAAAUGUGAUAAAUGUUUCGGUAUAAUUGAAGACAGCAAUUUGGAUAGCCCUGCCAUGAACAGAGCAAAGGAUUUUUUCGGCCAAUGCCUUUGCCAUUCCGAAGAUUCUGCCGACCAGGUAACCGAACUGGAUUACUGCAGUACUAAUCUUAAAGAGGUCCCUGCGGAAAUUUGGUCGUAUUCCGCAACAUUAACCAAACUCUUACUGGAAUCGAACACAAUUACAGAGCUGCCAAAGGAGUUAUUCACUUGCCAGAACUUGCGCUACUUAUCAGUGAGCGACAACGACAUUAGUGUUCUACCCGCUUCACUUGCAAGCUUGGUGAAUCUUAACCACUUGGACAUAAGCAAGAAUGUAAUUGAAGACGUUCCAGAAUGUAUACGAUGCUGCAAAAACCUGCAUGUGUUAGACGCCAGUGUUAACCCAGUGGAACGGUUGUCAGAAGGCUUCACGCAGCUCAUGAGUCUCCGUGAACUCUACAUGAACGAUUGCUUCUUUGACUUUCUGCCCGCUAAUUUCGGCCGCAUGUCGCAACUCCGGGUACUAGAGCUACGGGACAACCAGCUUCAAAUACUUCCAAAGUCAAUGCGACGACUGACUUUGCUUUCACGGCUCGAUCUUGGUGGAAAUGUUUUCCAGGAAUGGCCAGACGUUAUAUGCGAGUUGACGAACUUAACCGAGCUAUGGUUGGAUUGUAACGAACUGAACAGAGUCCCCACUUCCAUCGGCGACCUCACCAAACUCACAUACCUCGAUCUUAGUCGGAACUUUCUUGAAUCCAUUCCCAGCCAGAUUGGCAACCUAGAAUGCUUGAAAGAUCUUUUGCUUUCUGAGAAUAGCUUGGGUUAUUUACCCGACACGAUCGGCUUUCUUCGGCAAUUGAACAUUCUUAACCUUGAAAUGAACCAGCUCACCACACUACCCGAAAGCAUGGGAAAGCUUACAAUGUUAGAGGAACUGGAUAUAACACAUAACAAGUUGGACAUCCUACCCACGUCCAUUGGAAAUCUGAGAUCGUUAAAAACUUUAUUAUUGGACGACAACAACAUAUACGAGGUACCAGCCGAACUUGGUUCAUGCACACAACUCAAUAUAUUACAGUUGAGUAGAAACAACAUCGAACAGUUGCCAGAUUCACUCGGUGACUUGGUCAACCUAUGCGUGUUGAACCUGUGUCAAAAUAGGCUCCCGUAUCUCCCAAUUACGAUGAUCAAACUAACGAAGCUUCACGCUCUAUGGGUAAGCUCUAACCAAUCGAAACCUAACGUUCCCCUCCACGCUGAACUAUGCCCUGAUAAUGGACGGCGGAUUCUUACCAACGUCCUAUUCCCACAGCAAGAUAAAGAAACGAGUCGGGCGAAGACGAUUCUCUUUGACGAGAGCGGUGAAGGUUACGCAAAUGACGCAGCUGAUGACGACGACCUUGAGGCUUACGCACGACGUGAACGUGGCAACACACACGUGGUAUUUAACAUGGACGCAAUCACGUAUAGCACCGAUGUCCGGAUGCUAGAAGACGAGGUGGAAGAAAUGGAAGAGCAAAAAGACGAGGAACAGAUUGAAAAUAAAGAACGGAGCAGAGCUGUGGACCUGGUUAUAAAGUAUGGUGACAUGCAGAAGAACGAAGAAACGGAUAACGAACUCUCAACCACAAAUGAGAGCAUGGAAGUAGACGACCCUUUUUCAGUCCUCAUUCCAUCUGGUCAUUCACACACCAACCUAUCUGUGGUCCCGGAUGGUAAAGACCGAUUUCCGGAGUUUGGGGACACGAGGCCCAUGCUGAAGACUGCUAACAUCCUUCGUGUGACCACUGACAAGUCCGGAGGACCCGGGAAGAGCUUCCUGGAGUCCGAGAGCGAUCCCCAGCUCUCUCACUCAGAUCAGGACAGCGAGUUCUCCAGUACUCCAUCUUCAGUUGUCCUCCGGGAAGAGGCAGGGAACAUGAGGCUCACUACAAAGAAGAUCACUGAACUUCUCACCUCUGAUGCAGGGAAGUUAGACGUUCAGUCUUCCCAAUCCAUCCGGACCUGGACCUCCCACUCCAACCUCCCGUUGGUGACGGAUCCUCCGGAACAGUUUGUCGACAGCAAGUCAACAACAUCAUCCCGCCUUCCUCUUCCCUCCCGACUCCUUAAAAAAGGUGGAUCAACCUCUUCCUCCAUGACAACCUUGGACUCCACAUCCACGGUCGGAGGACCCACUCAAGAUGAUCGCAACAUCCACAUACACAGUCCUGUGAAGAUCGAACCCACUAUAAAUACAGAGUCAAAUACCGAUCACAGCAAAGACGUUGACCCGUCAGAAAACGCCUUCACAAGCGCCCGGAAUCUUUUAAAUCGACUGGAACAGCUUGCCAAGCGUAACCACGCCGUGUCACAAAACGAACCAAGCCCGGCUGCGCUAAUGCAAUUACAUGCGGACCGUACGCAGGAAUUACACGCAACGACGACCGCAGUUGCUUCUGAGCUCGACCGAGCGCACAAGGCGGAACCUGAGCCGCAGAGCGCAGCAACAGACACAGCAGUUAGUGUACCGGACGUCCAAACCAACUUGGUCAGUUUUAGCAGUAUCCCGUAUAUGGAUAGCGAAGGCGAGUCUGAUGUUUUAAAACCCAUGGAAAACCAGGAUACUACACAGACUAUAGAAGAGAUCACACAGCAUAACAGGGAUCUUUCUAUUAACGGUCUAACAGACGCCGGACUUCGACGUAGGAAAGAUUUAGAAAACCUACCUGUUUCUGAGAUUUCAAAACUGGAAACAAACGACCAAAGUCCUGUCGAGAAUGAAACUUACACUCUAUCUCCUGCCUUUGCCGUGGAAGGAAAGUCUUCUUCUGUUACUUCUGGCGAGACCACCACAGACCACGAUUCAGGUGUUGGAAACGACGUAGAGAGCCAAGAGUCGAUCCCUGAUGUACAAGACGACCAUCUUGAUUUUGGGAAUAACUUACAGACCUCUAAAACUACGCGCGCCGAAUCGACUACUGUAAAGACGAUAAAACUUGCCGAAUCGACCGCUGUGAGGCGAAACAACCGAGGAUGGUUAGCGCUGGUAAGGACUGAUAACCCUACGAACACCACUGCACCCGCAGAGCACGAUUUCAGCGCUAAAAGCCCUCGUGAGCUGCCAGAACCUGUGUCCAUACAGCCAUUCUUCCCACCCCAUACUAAACCUUUGGUCGCGCCAACCACUGUUACUUACAGCAACGAAUACAACGCGCGACAAAACGACGAUUCUAAAAACAAAGUUUCAGACAACAUUAAAAAAUUUGAAAAAUUCUUUGAGUCCGGUUUUCCUGUCCCUGCUAGACCCGUACCUCCAGAACCAGCCCCGAAAAACAAUCGUCAGAUAAAAAGUGGUUCUUUAUCGUCGUUAUCCCAACCAAGCUCUAUUACAACUGUCCAUGUUGUCCCAUCAGUCCCUGAUCACAAUUUAAGUCCCCAGUCGUCUCGCCAUGAUUCUGAAUUCCCUUUGUCACCCUCGAAAGAAAGAAGCCCUAAACCCCGCGAAGAGCCUCUAGUCGCUUCGCCAAAAACCCGCCGAAGCUCCGGGCAACGGAAGUCGAAAUUCGAGGAGGCGCUAGCAGCAACAAAACAUAAACAUUUCCGCGAUCGCUUAGAGAAAAUGAUGCAGGACCGUUCGCCUACCCUGAGCUACACCAAACGAGCUUCACAAUCUAGCGUGACUUCCUUGGCCAGCAUACCACGUAUAACGUCCCCUGUACCACGAGCGUUAUCCCCACACGGUAAGCAAACACCUUUCGAGCAUCUAACUGCAGAAGACACGUUUGCUCCUGAAACCAACCAACAAGAACAGCAAGGAACAAACCGUACUUCAAGGUCUGGUUCAAUCCAUGCUAGGCUGAAGGAAAAGCUCGUAGUUCCGACGCCGGUUUCCGCGGGCCGACAAGUCGACCCAGUCCCGCAGAGACCACAUUCUUCUGCCGGUUCUAAUCACUCGCGUUCUCAGAACGCAAAUACCUCCAGGCCUAAUCUUGGGCGGCGGGGAUCGACCCAAAGGAGCUCCGUACGAAGCCAGAGCAUCACGGACACGGAGGAAAAAGCAGAAGCGAGUGAGACAGACGGAAAGAAGUCCUUAGAGGAACAAUUGGGUCAACUUAUCAUAGGAGUAUCGACCGCUUCACCACCCCCAAGAGACGAGCAUGGUUUCGUUCCAUACAGAUCUACAGGCUCUGCUCAACAACAGUUGUCCAUGACCAAAGAGCAAGCCAGGGACCUCCAAGGAAAUCUGAACUUUCCUGUUGCAACAACACAAGGUUAUCGUAAACCGCCAAUGCCAGUUGAUUGGCGGCAUCAACUGUUGCGGCAUAUCGAGCGUAAACGUCUGGAGAAGAACGAACUUUGCGCCAUACACUCACUGCCUGUACGUGGGAGCAUAGAAAAUCAGUUUCCGGGCCCAGCGGGCUUAAAAGACCGUGAGAUGACGAGAAACUCUGAAGUCCGUCGCUCGUUCGCCCGCGAAGCUCCCCGCGUGAACCAGCGAAAGCCUGAACCUCAGCAAAUCAUAUCAAGGUCCACCACAGCCCCUGAAAUCGGGCAGCGCACGGACAGAAAGAUGCGGCGCGACAGCUCGUUGCAGGAAAACGUGUUCGUGCGUUCAGUUGCCAACACCCAGCAGUCCAAACAACCAGGCCGCCGUUCUUCAGGUCGUUUCUUACGAACCCGAACUCCGGGCCCAGAAAUGGCGGGGUCUAUGAAACAAAACGAUGUUGCAAUCCGGCCAAAAAGCGCUAUGGAUAUUCCGUAUAAUGCACCUGGCACUUACGCCCCUGUGCUAAGCGGGCAUUCUGAUUGGAAUGUAGCUGCUGUGUCAAAAGAACAAAUGCAGCUGCCGAGCCACAGCACGUUCCAGACAGUAGCACCACCCAGCUACGAAGACCAUUUACUACGACGUGCCUAUCCUGGUGUAGCCCAGCAACAAAACCACGAUUAUGUGAACGUUGAAUACGUGGAUCAAAUGAGAGCAUCUUCAAGGAGGAAGAAAAAGGAGGAGGGAGAAUACUUAGAUGAUCUGAUCCAUGAUCCACAAGCAGCCUACCCGUUACGUUCCACUGGCUCUCAUGAAUCGGUGUUGAACGCCAAAAUGGACAAGAUGUACACAUACGACGUACCCCCUCCUAUACCUUCGAAAAUCAGAAGCUCGAACUCUCACGACUCCAUCCUGGACAAUCCGCACAAUCCUAAACAGAUGCAACGGUAUGUUGAGUCGAGUUACAACACGCAGAACUACGUCUACCUUCCGAGCAGAAACCAGCCAUACCCCGAAUACGCCCAACAUUACCCAAAUACAUACCGUGCCCCGCCGGCUCCUAAAGACAGGAACUCUCAAUACGGAGUUAUCCCGGCUCCGACAAAGACCCAGCGUCCUCAGCGGAGCAAAAAACAUCCGACAUACGUUGUUCCAUCGAGGUGGAAGGAGCAGGAGGACCCGAUGUACCCUCCGCCCCCUCACGGGUUCCACGAUGAUUACGCUGAGCAUGUACCACCGUUAUCGCCUUCCCUGCAAAGAGCUUACAGCGGGGAAAAGGAAGACGAAAGUGUUGCAUCAGCCUUCCGACCUUACCAUCAAAACCGACAACCACAACAAAGCAGUAAAGCUAACACCAACCAUUACUACCAACCCCCACCUACACACCAGUAUGAUGACCGUCUUACAUACAACCAUAGACCGACCAUAAUAGACCACCAUCGAUACCACCACCACUUAGAACGGGGGAACCGCACACAGCAUAACAGGGCUUUCACCAGACAACAAGAACGCCCGCAUUAUAUGGACGAAUAUAAUGGCGAAAGUGACCCGAGCUUAUCCGGUGAAAUUGGCCGGCACUGGCAUGAGGAGCCUACAGGCGUCGACAUAGUAACCGUCACAGUUCGAAAAAAUCCAACGUUUGGGUUCCACAUCAUGGGAGGUAUAGAUGCAGGUGGUAACCCAUACCGUCCCGACGACGAUGGUGUAUUUAUCACAUACGUUGCGCCAGGUGGUUCAGCCGACGGCCAUGUUCAACCAGGAGAUAAACUUUUACUGGUCAACGGGUCGGACUUUGUUGGAAUCACCCACAAGCGCGCUGUCGACCUCCUGCGCAAUGCCGGGCACGUAGCUGUACUGGUAGUGGAGCGGCUGGUCGGUAGACCGGUUUAGGUGCAAUCCGCUCCCGCGCCACUUUGGAUUUAAAGCGACCAGUUCCAUAUCGAAACAUUCGUCUCAUAGGUGCAAUCCGACCGUGCGACACAGUUACAGAUUUUUACUGACCAUCAUAAGAGUUCAAGCUGCUUUUUUAUUACAAUCGGCAUCCAGUCAUAUCGAACGAUGUCGAUUUGUUAUUUAAUCCGAACUAUGUUCAUUAUUUUCGUAUUUUUAUUGCCGCGGAUCAAACAGACAUUCCUAUUGUACAGAAAUCGCGAAAUAUUCUUUUAUCCGCUCGCUGACAUUUUUAAGUCCGAAAUAUUUGUUGCUUUUUUAGCCGUUGUCGCCCCGGCUCAUGUUCGCAGAUUUGAACAGUAUUAUUUCUCGUUUAUUUUAAUACAUUGUCAAAGUACGAUCA